CCAGGCUCAUGUUCGUUGCUGUCAGAAGAUCUGGAGAGAUGCCCACUCAGCCCUGCUUCGCUCUGGAGACCGCAACCCUCAAAUCGCUAACCGUCGCUGGAAUCCUGCUCCUGUCAACAAACCAGAGCUUUCUAUCCACUUCUCUGCCACUGAACACUCAUACAGAGAAUUAUUUCUUCAGCCAUGGGGAGCACACAACAGAGAAACUUAUGCUAUUUGAUCAUAGUCUCUCUUCUCUUGACCUUAUCUCCACCUGCUGCAGACAGGCAGAUUCGAUUAACUGGGCCUGGGUCUACUCGGUGCUCUGGAAGAGUUGAAAUCUAUUACAAUGAUACCUGGGGAACAAUCUGUGAUGACAGCUGGGACUUAAUUGAUGCUAAGGUGUUGUGCAAAGAGUUGGGUUGUGGUACGGCGCUGGAUCCCAGUCACAUUAGUGAAGGAACUGGACAAAUCUGGCUCGAUAAUGUGCACUGUUCAGGAAAUGAAGGGUCUCUAAGUGAGUGUCAGCAUGGAGGAUUUGGGAUAAACAACUGUGGACACAAUGAGGACGCUGGUGUGGUCUGUUCAGGCAUACCAAUCAGAUUAUCUGGGUCUAAUCUGUGCUCUGGAAGAGUUGAAAUCUAUUACAACAGUGCUUGGGGAACAGUCUGUGAGGACAACUGGGACUUAAAUGAUGCUAAGGUUGUGUGCAGAGAGUUGGGUUGUGGGGCAGCACAGCGUGCAGCUCAAAAUAUGUCCUCUGGCAAAGGAUCCGGCCAAACUUGGCUUAAUAAAGUCAAUUGUUUUGGAAACGAAAGAUCUUUAACUCAGUGUCGGCACGGAGGAUUUCGGACACACGACUGUACCCACAGUGAGGGCGCUGGUGUCGUCUGUUUACCAAACCUUCCAAAGCCCAGCAUCUCCAUGAAUCCUGCUGGUAAGGUCACCUGGGGUCAGGAUGUUGAUAUCAAUUGCUUGAUCUCACCUCCCACUCAACAACGUUUAAGUGGAACAUUCAUUCUAAACCAGCCCUCAGGUUCAGUAAGAGAGGAGCAAACGUCACAUCACUCUGCUACCUUCAGAAUCAAUAAAGUGGACUUUGUUGACAUGGGAUCGUACCAGUGUCAGUAUCAGACACAGGUUUCAAGUCAAGACUUCUUCUCGCCUCUGAGUGCCUCUGUCAGACUCUCUGUUGCUGUUCCUUUGUGGCUGCUGGUCUCCUCAGUAGCUGCUGGGAUCCUGCUGCUGCUCCUGCUGGUCUUGGUGGUGGUCUGUUUGGUCCUCAGGAGAAGGCGACGAUCAAAGCAGCCUGGAGGCGUCGUCCAAACUCAAUUGACAGUCAGGAAAAAUUAUGAAGAGGAGGAUGAAGAGGAGGGGAAUAUAUAAACACUGAGCCAGUGGACCCCAACAGGAAGCAGACAGAGCAAGCAGGAGCAUUACUGUAAAUUCACAAUAAUUUACAGUAAUAUUACAGUAAUGCAUUGUGUUAUCGCAGUAACCCAGGCCCAACAGUAUUGUAAAACUACACUAUUUUAUUGCUUAAUUACAGAAUUUGCUGUAACUUAAUCACAGUAAUUACUUGUUAUUUCACAUGUUUAACUGUAUUAUUACAGCAACUCAGUAGCUAAUAAAUUCCUGUAAAUUUACAGCAUGUGUUAAUUAAAAUACUGUAAUUGUACAUAUAAACAGUAUUUUUAAAGCAACCCAUCGGCCCAUAUUUCUCUGUAGAUUUAAACACAUACACAAAUAUAAUUUAUCAUCUUUAUUGUAAAUUUACAGUACAUUAAUGCUGUACAUUUGAAGACAAUAUCUUCAAAGUUGUAUUUAGACAAUAAGAUACAAUGAAAAAUACAUAAAUUGUAUCACCAAUAUACCCUUGUUAAUAAAGAUUUAUAUCAAAACAUGAA